AUGGACAUUGACGAGUCAUCCGGAAAUGACACAGAGGAGGAUGCACCCUACUUGAGAGAUCCUCGUGAUGAUGAGGACACCGAGACAGAUGCAGAUGCAGGUGCAGAUGAUGCUAAUAAUGAUGAUGAUGAUGUUGACAGCGAUGAUGAGUCAGGGGAGAGUGCAGCAGGCAGCUCAGACUUGGAGGGUCCUGUGGUGACCCUAGGUAUUCAGAUUCCUGUUAGACAGGCCGGUGUAGAGAUUGUCAACUACUACAACACCAGGAUGACAGCGGCUGCACGCUUGCUGAGGCGUCAGAGUCCUUUGGAUGUCCCAAAGGACACCGUGGACUACAGGUUUCACACUAGGUUUCAGCAGGAUUUCUAUCAGACUGUCAUUCUUGCCAAGGCAGGGAUUGCUUCAGAGGCCCAGUGGGUUGAUUGGACACAUAUGGCAAACUUGGGUCAUGAAAUUUGUGAUGAGGUGGCUCAGAUGUGUGAGGACAGGCACAUCAAGGACAUUAUGUGGUUCCAGCAUGAUUGGAACAAGGAGGUGAUAGCCCAGUUCUACGCGACCAUAUAUUUUGGGCAUGAUCCAGAGAAUGGCAAUGAGAGGACUAUCUACUGGAUGACAGAGGGACAUCACUACCAGUGUUCCUACACCUCUUUCUGUCGGUACUUGAGAAUCGAUGAUCAGGACGUGAAUCGUCCUAAGCUUCACUAUGAUUCACCUCUGUCAGCUGAUCAGGUGAGAUUCAUGUAUCCGAGGGAUAGGGUUGGCAAUGCAGGCAAGGUCACGGGGUUGUACACUUUCUACUCCAUCCUGAACAGGCUAUUCAGGAAGACACUUACACCCCGGGAUGGGAAUCCCAGUGACAUCUCAGCGCAUGCCAAGAAUCUUAUGAGCAUGAUGCAGCCAGACCCUCGAGGCGGUGACUUCAGUAUUGGUGACUUCAUUUGGGAGGAAAUCAAGCAUAUUUAUGAGACUCCCUUGAAGACAUGUGUCUAUGCACCGUAUAUCAUGAGGGUGAUACUGAAGGUCACCAGGAGAAAUUUUGGGAUGGACGUGAAGCAUGAGCCGCUUAGGAUCAAGCAUCCUAAGCAUGUGAGAGUUCCUUCUGAGGGCAGAUAUGACGAGGUUCAGGAGGAGGAUCAAGAGGAUCAGGGUCCACUACCUGAUUAGAAUGCAGAUGCACAGCAGCACGCUCAGGACGUGCCUCAGCAGGAGGAGCCAGUUGGAGGCUUUGUGCCUCAUGAGGGUAGAGAUGUUUCCCCUCGCAGGUCUUCCUCUUCCUUUAGGCGGAUGUUCAGGACAUUUGUAGGCAUGAUCAAGAACCAGAGAGACAUUCUGGUUAAUCAGGAGAGGGAGAGGAAGAACAAUAAGAAGUUCAGGGAUAAGCAUAAGAGAAUGUACACUGCCAUGCAGCUCCAGCCACCUCUCUCGCCUAUCUCACCAGAGCUAGAGGCAGCAGAGAUCCCCUCACUUGACCAGAUGAUUGAGAGCUUCCAGGGGAUGGACUUUGCGCAGUAUGACCACCUGGGCGAGCAGAUGUUCUUUGGUCAGGAGAGUCAGCCAGGUGGAUCGUCUUCAGCUCAGCAGUUCGGACAUGGAUCUCCACUUUUUGCACCUCAGUUCCGUCCAGGUCCACAGCUUUUCACCACAGGCCCACAGAUAUUCGCAGGACAGUUUGUGGGAUCUCAGUUCGCUGGACCAUACUCGGGGCCCCCGUCGUUCACUUCCAGUUUCAUGGGGCCGAUUUCACCUUUCAGUGCAGGACCUUAGUUUGGGACACACGGCAGUUCGUCGACAGUUCCAGGGUCAUCGGCGACGUUCCCUACAGUUUCUGAACCCCCUUCACUUCACUUUGAUCUUGGAGGGACUUCUUCUUCACCAGAUAUGGGAUAUGCAGGGACUACAGCUUCACUUUCUCCAGCUCCUGACUCAGUUGAGGCGACAGUGGCUAGCUGGAGUGACUCACUCUUUGCUUAUCCGAGCAAUACUGGUGGAUUCUCUACAGGUGGGCAGGGAUUUCAGAUUGGCAGCACACUCUUCUCCUCUUGUACGCUUUUUGUUGAUGGAUGAAAAAGGGGGAGAAGUUUGGAGGAUUAAAGCUUAUCUUUGAGUCUGUGUGUGUGCCAUCUUGAGAGUACAUGUUGAGAGUAGAUGGGAUAUGUAUCUUGAGAUCAUCUUGUAUCAUCUAGAUCUUAUUAUAUAUCAUGUAUGGAUGAUGGAUGUACGGACAUCAUGAUUUGGACAUGUUUGGAUAUUCUUGUCUUAUCUUGUAAAAUCAUAUCCAUCUCUUUCAUAUUAAGGAUUUGUGCGGACUUGAGAACUCUUGUAUUGAAUGCUAUUGGGUGUAUUUAUCAUAUUUUAAAUACAUAAGGAAUGUUUAUGAUAGUGUGAAAUUUUUUGAGUGAUGUAAUGUCUUUUGUUUCAGCCUUGGGCUGUUCUGGCAGUCUGUGACCGGUCUGACCGGUCAGUGGUGACCGGUCUGACCGGUCCAAGUGCGUGCUGGCUGGUGUGGACCGGUCUGACCGGUCUGUGGCAGCGGCAUUGCUCUUGUGUUUGCUUGUGUGCGUUACAUGACAUAUUGCAUCACGAAUUUAUUUAUGUUGUUCACACACACUUGUUACACCCAACGGAUGCUGAGAUUUAGGGGAGUCUCAUUAGUGCUCAAUAUGUGUAUUUUGGCAUGUGAGGCCAAUUUGAGAUGAAUUCCAUUCAUAUGCACAUAUUGAGGGGGAGCUCUACCUAAAAUCUGAGAAUUCAAAACCUUUAUUGAAUUUUUUUUGUAAGCUUUAAUCGGGUUGCCAUUUAUUUGAGAUACUCUGCUGAAGAUAUGACUAAGGACUACGAUGCAGAUGUGCCGCGGUGGUCGGUGAUUCCAUCCCUCUAUGGUGAGCGCGAGCCAUCGCUAAAUAUCGUUGAUAGUACUACAACUUGUCCAGUGAGGACAUUGGUGUGACUUGGGCCAAAGUCGGUCAAAGAAAAACCUGAAGCCUUGCCCCACCCUUAGACAAGGGUGUCGUAACCCGUAUCGUUGUCCGUGUGAGAGCAGACCGGCGGGCCGGGACCACUUUUCAUGUGUUUUGGUCUGUAGACAAGUGGGGAUUUUUUUUAACCUCGGCCUGAAAUUCGCUACCACCAGGAGUCAAAUUCUUCUAUCUAAAAUAAAAGAAUUAGGCAUCCGUUCGCAUUGUCUGAUGAAUCUAAAGGUAGAACCUUUUCUUUGGCAUGACCUGAUCUCUUAUCCCAGUUGCUCUUGCGAUUUGGUUCACUUCAUUUAUUUUCUGUGUUACAGCUAGGGAUGAAAGUUAUAUUUAUUUUGGGUUAUUGGGUCGACCCAAAAUUUUGAUAAAAUAAACUAGAAUGGCAUUAUGCGUAAUUAAUUUAGGACGAGAAAUGAACUAAGAUGGCAUGCCAUUGUAAUUAUUUAGUUGGCCCAUAAAAUACCAUUGGGUACCCACUUACAUUCCUAGUUACAGCUAAUCUGCAAGUUUGAUCUUGCAGUAAUGCACUAUUUGUCAAGCUGCAAGUCGAUGUUAUCCCUUUCUACCGCUAUAACAAAAUAAGAUCGACAGGAGGGUGGACACCACAACAUAUUGCCAUGCAGAAUAGAAAUAGUGAAAGAGCAUCUAGGCCCUAGUGGGUUUUGGAGCAUUGAUUGACAACACGAUUAAAGGACUAACUUGUUUGCAUGAGAUUAUGAACAGAUAUUUAAUUAUGAAAUGUGAAUUAAAAGAGAAAGCUCAUGUGUUGCAAGCAAGCGUGUUUAUCCCAUUGGUAUAAUGUGCAUGUGACAAGCAAAACAAGAAAAGGAAAAUAGAGCAAAGUAUUCAUGAUUGAUAUAAAGGCUCUAAUAUUUGCGAA